AUGAAGUUGCGGAAGGUAGCGAUUGUAUUACUGUUUAUGACGGUUGUAGCCCCAAUUGUACUCUACACUCACACUCUCUCCUCCUAUCUUUCCACCUCUGCUUCUUCCUCUGAAAAUGACUUUGUUGCUGAAGAAGCUUCUACUUUUACGUUUGGAGGAGAAAUUAGGCCACUAAAUCUACUGCCGCAGGAAGAAUCUAUUAACGUUGUGAAAGAGCCAUCUGGUGUUGUUUAUUCCUAUAAUUCUUCUUCCCAAACUGCUGCUGACAAUGCUCGUAUAACUAGACAGCUAACUGAAGAUUCUUUGGAGCAUCAAACCAAGGAUUUGUCAUCCGCCCAUGCUACUGCAGCAGAUGAAAAUCCCAUCAAGCAGGUGGUUGACUAUGAGCUCCCAGCGAACCAGAGCGGACAAGACUUUAAGAAACCUGACCUCAGUGGGGAUGCACUAGCUGUUGAUGCGAAGGAAGAAAUUACUGCCAAACAGCACUCUUUGAGAAACUCUGGGAGGACUAUUAGAAGAGAACAGCAGCUGGUGGUUCAAACUGAGAGUCAAAAGGAACCGGCUCUGCCUGAUGCUCGCGUUCGUCAGCUCAAGGAUCAGCUCAUUCGGGGAAAAGUAUACCUCUCCCUUUCUGCAACAAGAAAUAAUGCCCAUUUUGUUAGGGAGCUGAGGCUGCGAAUGAAGGAAGUUCAACGAGCAUUAGGCGAAGCCUCCAAGGAUUCUGAGCUACCCAGGAAUGCUUUCGAUAAGCUUAAAGCAAUGGAGCUAACCCUGACCAAGGGCAAGCAGAUUCAAGAUGAUUGUGCGGCUGUGAUUAAGAAGUUAAGGGCCAUGCUUCAUUCUACAGAAGAGCAGCUCCGUGUCCACAAGAAGCAGACCUUAUUUUUGACACAUUUAACAGCCAAAACGCUUCCGAAAGGACUCCAUUGUCUUCCUCUGCGACUGUCAACUGAGUACUUCAUGCUAAAUGCUUCUCAACAGCAAUUUCCGAAUCAAGAUAAGGUGGAAGAUUCCAGCCUAUACCACUAUGCGCUUUUCUCAGAUAAUGUUUUGGCAGCUGCAGUUGUUGUAAACUCUACUAUAUCUCAUGCAAAGGAAACAUCAAAGCACGUGUUCCACAUUGUCACUGACAGGCUUAACUAUGCUGCCAUGAGGAUGUGGUUCUUGGAAAAUCCACCUCUGAAUGCUGCUAUAGAGGUUAAGAAUGUUGAGGAGUUUACAUGGUUGAAUUCAAGUUACAGCCCAGUCCUGAAGCAGUUGGGGUCUCCUUCUAUGAUUGACUAUUACUUCAAGACACGUCGUGGUGCUGAAUCCGAUUCCAAUUUGAAGUUCAGGAAUCCUAAGUACUUAUCGAUUAUGAAUCAUCUUCGGUUUUACCUGCCACAGAUUUUCCCUAAGCUGGAUAAAGUUCUAUUCUUAGAUGACGACAUAGUUGUGCAGAAGGAUUUGAGUGGCUUAUGGUCUCUUAAUCUAAAAGGAAAAGUGAUCGGUGUGGUUGAGACUUGUGGAGAAAGCUUCCAUCGGUUUGACCGUUAUUUGAACUUUUCAAAUCCUUUGAUUUCAAAGAAAUUUGAUCCUCGUGCUUGUGGAUGGGCAUUUGGAAUGAAUAUUGUGGACCUUGCUCAAUGGAGAAGACAAAACAUAACUGAUGUUUAUCAUUCGUGGCAAAAUCUGAACCAUGAUAGGCAGUUGUGGAAGUUGGGGACACUUCCCCCGGGGUUAAUAACAUUUUGGAACCACACAUAUGCCCUUGAUCGGUUCUGGCAUGUCCUUGGCCUUGGUUACAAUCCUAAUGUGAACCAGAAGGACAUUGACCGAGCAGCUGUUAUACACUAUAACGGGAACUUGAAACCUUGGCUUGAGAUUGGAAUACCUAAAUACAGAAAUUACUGGGCCAAAUUCGUGGAUUAUGAUCAGAAAUACUUGCGUGAAUGCAACAUCAACCCGUAA